AUGCGCACCUCAAACCGGCCGCUGAGAAGCAGCUACGGCGUCUGUGGGAGGACCCCGGGUAAUAGUCGCGCUUGGAUGAGAGAAACUAUCGAGGCUGUUCUGAUUGAAUCAAGCUUUGGCACUUGCAGUGCGAACCGUCAUCAGGUCGCCCAUGCUCGCCACAUGGCGGGCCCUCGUGCGCACCUGCCCGGGUUGAUCGUCUGCAUGGACUCGCUGACCGAGAUCGCUUGUGCAUCUGUCUCGGGUUCUGGCCUCCGCGAUGAUCUCAGUAGCCUCGAUGAUCGCGCACCCCAGAUGGACCUUUGGGCAGCAUCGGGGGGCGCUGGCUCCAGCUGUAAGUCUGGUGGGAUGGAGAGCCACGCGGACACCCCAGAUUUCGACGAACCCAUGGAACGGCUUCGAUUGACCACAGGAAAGGUGCCCCAAAAUUUUGGGUUCAAGAUUCACCUAAGUUUUUUCGACAGCUCAGUAUCAAGACCCGAUCGGCUAAUUCUAGAAGCUUCUUGGAACAAAGGAUACGAGCAAGGUCUACGGAGGUAG